AUGUUGGCCCCUGGUACAGGACACCAAUGGCCACACCAUUUAGCAGCAUUAAGUUGGCUAUGCGAGUUAUUAAUCUAUGAGAAUGAAUUUUUCUAUCAAGAAGAAGAAGCAGCAGAUCUACAGGCUGCUCGGACCGAUGUUGUUGGACGAAUGGUUGCUGCUGCUUAUCCGCAGCUAGGGAAAGACCCUCAAGCCUUGAGGGCUGCUGUAUUGGGACAGUUGCAUGGGAUGAACAGGGAAGCAGAGGCCACACAUCAGCAACUGCAGCAGCAGCUGCAACAGCGGCAGCAGCAGCUCGCUGCAGUAGAGGCAGAGCUCCGCGAUAAUGCAACGCUUAUGGAUUCAAUAGAACAACUAAAGAAAGAUAUAAGUACUCUGCGCUUGCGCAUAGCAGAUAUCAGGGGGGAGAUCUCUCAGCAGGAGAGCAUCACUGCAGCAACGGAAGCAGAGAGAGAUUCGCUGCUGCUUCAGCAGAGAGCAGCAAUGGAUGAAGUGCAAAAGUUAGGCGAGCGAGUAAAGGCCCAAGGGAUUGACAAGGCAGAGGUGGAGAGAAUUCGUCAUGACAUUUCGCGUCUUCGUGAAGGAAAUCGAAUCAUUGAGCGAGGGACUACAGACACUAAUCGACAAGAUGACUCGGAGAAGCUGCGGAUAGCUGGGCAAUCAGUGAACGAGUGCCUGAGCAGCAUGUCGCAGCUAGCUGUAUCAGCGAAGCUGCCUACAGCAGAGGAUUGGAAUGCCCUCCCUAAGAUGGAAACUUCUGCUGCUGCUGCUCCUUCUGCUGCUGCUGCAUGCGAUAUAAAGAGGGCAACUAAUGAAAUUUUGGGGCUGGACUGGCCGCAGCUGAAGAAAGGAAUUCAGCGGAUAAUGCAACUAGAGAAGACGGCUAAGGAAGAGACUAACCAACAGAGACAGCGAGGGAGUCGAGAAAUUGAAAAGGUCAAGAAAGGAAUUAAAGACCUCCUGGCGAGCCGAAAGACAUUGGAGAAACGCAUGCAAUUGGUGCAGGAGGACCUGCAGCAGCUGCAGCAGCAGCAGCAGGCUGAGCAGCAGCAGCUUAUUGAGGCGGAGAGGCGACACCUCGAGGGGGUGGAGGAGACAAUGCAGCAGUACCAGCAGCAGGAGCAGCAGCUGCAGCAAUUGGUUGAGGAGCAGCAGCAGUUACUGGAUCAGGAAGAACAGCAGCGGCAGCGGGAAGCUGCAGCGGCAAUUGAGGCCCUGCAGCAGCAGCAGCAAGAAGCCCUGCAGCAAAAGGAGUUGCUGCAGCAGCAACUGCGCUCCCUAGCAGACACGAAGCUAGCUGAAUGUGCUGCAUUAGAGCAGCAACUCUCUGAGCUACAGGCAGCCCUUCAACAGCCCUCUACCCAAGAAGGUUCCUAG